AUAAACCGUAUCCAACUUUCCCACUAAUUUCUUAAUUUCUUCACAUUUUCCCAACUCCUCUUUCCAUAUAUAAUCACCCACUGUAACCUCUCCCCAUUUAAUUUUUCUGUUUUCUUUCUUCUGUAAUUUUCUCUUUAUCCAAACAAAGAAAAAACCCGGAGAAGCGAACCUACCGGAAACCUGAAACGAUGGCGUUUCGUUUGAGCAACAACCUAGUCGGAAUCCUCAACCUGAUUACCUUCCUCCUCUCGAUCCCCAUCCUUGGCGCCGGUAUCUGGCUGAGGCGAGAAGGCGUAACAGAAUGCGAACAGUUCUUGGACACGCCCGUUAUCAUAAUCGGAGUCUUCCUCAUGUUGGUCUCACUCGCGGGACUAAUUGGCGCGUGCUGUCGUGUGACUUGGCUACUCUGGCUCUACCUGGUCGUCAUGUUCCUCCUCAUCGUCCUCGGCAUAGUCUUCACCAUCUUCGCUUUCGUAGUGACGAACAAAGGUGCGGGACAAGUAUUAUCCGGGAAAGGUUAUAAAGAAUACCGACUUGGAGAUUACUCAAACUGGUUGCAGAAAAGAGUUACUGAUAACAAGAAUUGGAAUAAGAUUAAAAGCUGUUUGGCUGAUAGUAAAGUUUGUACCGAUUUCCAUGAUAAAUAUCUCAAUGCUUCUCUCCCAGAGUUUUACCAGGCUCACUUAUCUGCCGUUCAGUCGGGUUGCUGUAAACCAUCAAACGAUUGCCAGUUCAAUUACGUUGGGCCAACUAACUGGACAAGGGGGAGUGGCGUGUCGAACAAUCCUGAUUGUAACCUGUGGGAUAAUGACCCAAAGACUCUAUGCUUUAACUGCGAGGCGUGUAAAGCUGGGUUUAUAGACAACCUCAAGAGUUCAUGGAAGAAAGUGGCGGUUGUCAACAUUGUAUUCCUCAUCUUCCUCAUUGUUGUCUACUCUGUUGGCUGUUGUGCUUUCAGAAACAGUAGGAGAGACAAUGAUUAUCAUCAAGGCUGGAAGCCUUGAGAGCUUGUUUUUUCUGAUUAAGAAGGGUUUAGUUUGUUCGGAUUUGCUAUUAUUUAGUUUCUAUGUUUGCGUUUUAGACCUUUAUUUUUAUUGUAUAGAUUUUUAUUUCCUUGUCUAGUUAGUAGAACAAUUAAGAUAUCAUCUAAUGCUCAUGUAUAAAAGAUAUUUUCUAUGUUA